ACCAUCGUCUUUUGAUAUUAACGUAAAAGGAAGGCAUUGCCGACCAGUAGAUAACUAUGUAUACUUCAGGUGGUGUGUCGUAUGAUGGGCCAUUUGGGGGACGCCAUUGCAACGUCAGGUCCCCUGUGGUCGCCAGGCCCUGUCUGGAACGUCGCCAUGGACUGCAUAGGGCAUGAAGUUCAACUGCAUCAGUGUAGCAUUAGGCUUAUGAACAACACAUGUCACGCCGCUGCAGGUGUCUCUUGUUCUAGCAAGAAAGGGGAAAUAGACGCCAACCUCAGGUCCCUACUGCCUACGGAUUGCGGGGUUCCUGAAGACUUCGAGCCGGUACGUCGGAGGGCUGGCCAAGAGCCGGGGCGGACACAUUCCCGCUCGGUUCGAUUUUCCUUGGCUAGUUUCCUUACGCACAAGAGAGGAGGCGGCGCUCUGGUUUGUGGAGGAUCUAUUAUAUCUGAAGACUACGUGUUGACGACAGGGCAUUGUUUGGCAAAAGUAGGCAACUUCUGGGUCAAGGUCAGAACCGGAGACUACAAUUCCCGCUUCGUUGAAGGCAGUUUUGAGCAGGAGUUCGACGUUGACAAGGUAUGGGUCCAUGAACGCUAUAAAGAACUUUCUCCUUUGGAUAAUGACAUUGCUCUUCUCAAGAUCCAGCGAAGGAACGGCAGAGGCUUCAGGUAUAAGGUGGCGGACGUACGUGUUUUAACGCGCUCCGCCCAUCCCCCCCCCCUCCUCUACCCUCCGCUACUAAGCUAUGUGGAACACAUCAGAACUUGGUUGCUCCUUUGUGGUGAUACCGGCGGUAAUGUUAACCCCGCUUCUUAUCGCCCAAGUACCCGAGCACGAUCUGCACGAGGGCCGUUUAAUGGGGCCAGAGGGCCACCCAAGCGGAAUAACUGUUGUGAGAAAUCCGAGUAUGCUGGCUGGUACCAGCUGACAUGGUACCAGCCAGCAUGUCUUCACCAGCAGCUCAUUCAGGCAUACCAACCAGACAACAUAAUAGACAGGUUGACUCCCUACAUCGUCUGGAUCCAAUUCCAAUUCUCUGCCUACCUCGGACCAACCAGACAAAAACAGAGAUACAGGCCAAUUUUCAUCUCUUCCAGAGUCGACAUAUACACCGUCACACAGGACAUCACCAACUUCAGCACAGACUUUACAGAUCCCCACACAAGACCAUUUACCUCCAUUUGGGAUAACCUUAAAUUCACCAUAUUCACAUCCAUGGCUAAACACAUAUCACAGAAAACACCUUCAAGUAGAUACACACUUCCUUGGUUCUCCAAGGACCUAUUCAGACAACACCGUAAAAAACAUCGACUCUACAGACAUGUGCAAACAUAG